GAUGCGAUGCGUGAGUGGCUGUGCUCCCUAGUUUACAAGCCGAAAGACUGGACUUAACUUAUCACCCCAUCACUCGGAGCCCUAUCGCUUGUCCACGAUGCAGUAGACAGCAAGACCUGUUUAUGACAUACAGUCAAUUUCAUCAUAUUCAGACCUUCGAACUGAACAUUCGAGCAAUGCUGCCAUCUCAUCGCCUUUACUGCCGUCAUGGCAGCAAAACCUCCGCUGCCUCCCCGAACGCUUCCUGUUCAACCUAAUAACACGACGACAUUGCACGACCACGCCGAUCAGGAUUCUAACCAAGAAGGCUUUCGAAAUCCCACUUUGACAAUCCCGCAAGCGUCAAAUUCUGUCUAUUCCGGCGGCCUCAAUGAUCCCCGAGCAUCGUCAACGCAGUCACUUGGCCUUGUAAAGUCUGCCAGUGACGAGCGGAGAACUCUGCUAAUCAUCUAUAUCCAUGGGUUUCUGGGUGAUGAAACGAGUUUCAGGAGUUUUCCUGCUCAUGUGCAUGGUCUUCUGAGCACCGCAUUAGCACCCACUCAUGUCGUCUACACCAAAAUCUAUCCGAGGUACAAAAGCCGCAAGAACAUCUCGUUUGCGACAAAUGACUUCAGCAAGUGGCUUGCUAAUCAUGAGUCAGACACCACAGAUGUGAUCCUGGCAGGCCAUAGCCUGGGCGGCAUCCUUGCUGCCGAGGUGGUUCUGUUGCCUCCUGAUGCCGCACAGAGCAAUGAGCUCUUCCGGCAUCGAAUUUUGGGACUUCUUGCGUUCGAUACCCCUUACUUUGGGAUGCACCCAGGAGUGGUGGGCACAGGCAUUGCCAGCUUGUUUCGCACGCCUGCCGAAUUGGCGGAAGCUGCUUUGCCAGAUUUUGCGCCAUUCUCUGAACCAAGCCCUGUCACCUCUGAUCCAACAUACAACCCAUCCUAUGACAACGACAUGCGCCUGGUGAAUAGAAAGGGCAAGCUUGAGAGGGCGUGGUACUUCUGGAAUAAGCAUGCUGGUGCACUGUCCAAGGCCGCGAGCGACUAUGUGUCUUCACAUCUUGAAUUUGGAGGCUGUCUAGCAGAUUACAUUGGACUAAGAAGACGCUAUAGCGCCAUUCGGGCGUUGGAGGACGUCAACGAGCUGAUGAGACCUAAAGCUGCAAACGAUCGUCUGAACAAGCGGGUGCGCUUUGUCAACUAUUAUACAGCGAGCACGGGUCCAGUCAAACGCGAAAACGUCUCAGCUAGCAAAGCACCCGAUCUCUUGGAGCUUCCUGAGGAGGCUGAUGCUCAGCACACCCUUGCGCAAGACAAAUCUGGGACCAGCACGCCCAACAGUUUAUCCCUGACAUCGACUGCGAGCCCACGAUUGUCACUCGAAGAGCACCGCGAUGAUGAAGUCAUCACAAAAGACGAAGUAAUUGCCAAGGACCUGGAAACCCUCGGCAUUGGCCCCCAGCCCUCGGGCAUUUCGAACGAGUUGUUGCCACAACCUCCGGCAGAAGCCAUAUUGACAGCCCAGGAGCAGUCCCAAUUGCUGGACGAGGAAGAUGAGAAGCUCGGGUCGGCAACUUCGAACGACAUCCGCGAGGAUCAUGACGGUCAGAAGGAGCAAGCCGAGGAGAAGCCAGCGAAGAAGCCGAAGGACCGGACGUUCUGUAUGCUUCCUUCAAGGAGUUCCUCUACCGGACAAAGAGAUUCAAUGUGGAUCAAGGUCCACAUGACAGGAAUCGAUGAGGUACAAGCACAUACUUCCAUGUUCAAAAUGGGGGAGACGUAUAUUGCACUGGUGCAGGACACCGUGAACAGGGUUGAGCAAUGGGUCCAAGAAGACGCGACAAGACGCAUGAUUCUUGCCGAAAUGGACGCAGAGACAUGGGAAUGAGACUGUGAAUACCUCAGCAAUGAUCAAGUACAUACGUGUUCGGUACCUAAACAGCCUUUGAAUGACUUCAACGAACGGCUACAAUGGCGAUGCUGGCAUCUUCUGUCAAUGGUGGCUCGGUCAAGAUGUACCCGGCGGGAGCAACCUUUACUUCAACCGCGCAGAAUUGGAGAAGCCUCUGAUUCAUAAUUUAGACCCCUCGACACUU